GGCGCGGGGCGGCGCAUCCGGGGCGGCCGCAGCGCUUCCGGGGCGGCGGGGCCGGGCCUGCGGCAGCCGCUGCCACCAUCAUGACGACGCUCCGCGCCUUCACCUGCGACGAUCUCUUCCGCUUCAACAACAUCAACCUGGACCCGCUGACAGAGACCUACGGGAUCCCGUUCUACCUGCAGUACUUGGCGCACUGGCCUGAGUAUUUCAUCGUGGCCGAGGCGCCCGGCGGGGAACUGAUGGGUUACAUCAUGGGUAAAGCAGAAGGCUCUGUGGCUCGGGAGGAGUGGCACGGACACGUCACUGCUCUCUCCGUGGCCCCCGAAUUCCGACGGCUGGGUUUGGCUGCAAAGCUGAUGGAGCUGCUGGAGGAAAUUUCAGAAAAAAAGGGUGGAUUUUUUGUGGAUCUCUUCGUGCGAGUGUCAAACCAGGUUGCAGUGAAUAUGUACAAGCAGCUGGGCUACAGCGUGUACCGGACGGUGCUGGAGUACUACUCUGCCAGCAGUGGGGAGCCUGAUGAAGAUGCCUACGAUAUGAGAAAAGCUCUUUCCAGAGAUACAGGGAAGAAAUCAAUUAUACCUCUGCCUCAUCCUGUGAGACCAGAAGAUAUUGAGUAACUGCACAGGACUGAACUUAAAUUCACUGUUGAUUCAAGAAAGCCACACAACAAAGCAGGCCAGGCUUUCUUUCCACCUUGGACCAGACUGAAGAGCAUCUCCCGUGUUCUGGGUGCCCACAGGUACCUUGAAGCGUUGUGUCCGCUGCAGCAGCCUGCGGUACAGAUUCCUGGUGUUCUCAUACUCCUCUUGCUCCAUGUCAAGGGCUGUGUAGGUUUGCCAAAGAAACUGCAGAAGUCUCUCAUUGUGUUCACAGCAUAUUUAAACAAACCUUUAUUUUAACACUGAGAUAAUGAAUCUUGUUUUUUAAUGGAGAAGCAUGGAUAAAUGUGGAAUUUGCAGAAAUGAAA